UUCUUGAAACUCACAAUCAGCGAGUCUCUCCCAAUGAUUUGUGCUGCGCAUCGCGUACAAAACAUUCGUGGCUCUGGACUCUGAUGGUAACUUGUUUUAAAAAAGGUGAAUGUACUGUAAUGGGCAUACCCAGUGUGACCACCAACCUAUCAGGUUUCGGCUGCUUCAUGGAGGAACAUGUCUCAGACCCUGCUGCCUAUGGUAUUUACAUUGUGGAUCGGCGGUUCCAUUCAGCUGAGGAGUCCUGUAACCAGCUGACCCAAUUCAUGUUCAAUUUCUGCCAGCAGUCUCGGCGCCAGCGCAUCAUCCAACGGACACGAACUGAGAGGCUGUCUGACCUGUUGGACUGGAGAUACCUGGGAAGGUUCUACAUACACGCCCGCCAUCUUGCACUUAGCAGAGCUCUCCCUGACAAGUUCAAGAUGGACCCCAUGGCCCCUCUGAAGACAGAGGGUUUCCGUUAUCCUCGGCCCUACUCGGUGCCCCCCUCUCCCUCUGCCUCCCUCCACUCCACCCCCCACCACAGUGAUGUAGAGGAUAAUGAUGAUGAGCCCUAUGAUGAAGACGAGGAGGCUGAGAGGGACCGGCUGAACAUCCAGGCUCCCUUUGUGAUGGGUGCUGUGCCGGAGGGCAAGAAGAAGUAACCAGGAGAGUCAGGAAACUGAUGUUUACCAUGAUGUGUUUAUCCACUCACACAGUGCAAGGCGUGCACAGAAUAAUCACCAUCUGACCAAAAAUACAGAACAGGCUUCCUCACAACUGCCACAUAUCCAAUGUCAUCACCUAUUGUACUCCUUUUUCUGCUGAUGCCAGGUCAAAUUAAAGCUUUAAAUCCAGAACAUCUGGAACCAGGAUUUCUUUAAAAUCUGUGGAUUUAAGACAAAACCAAAAUGUCCUGAAAGUGUUAAAUGGCCUUGAUAGCGCUGGUUUAGAAUAUACUAGCCCUGGCCCAUCACAAAACCUGGACUCCUGUUCUUUAGCUCAGUUUAAUUGUGAUGGCUAGGCCCCAUGUUGUUUUCAGUAUAUGUGCUUCCUCUUAGUCAGGUUAUACACAACAAGAGAUUUCACUUGCUAAGCAGUUAUGCAAUCCAAUAAUUCUAGGCGUGUCUUGUCUGCCUUAAUAUCUGCCCUAAUAAUAAUGAAAAAAAAUGCACUAACAAGUUCUAAUCAUGUGUGCCUGUUUUAAUUGUUCAUUUGAUUCUUGGUUUCUUUCAUAACGUUAAUAUUUACAAAUAUAAUUUUCCUGUAACAACAUUGGCCUAUAUGGCCAGAGUUAUUUAUACAUAUUAACUAGUUUUCCUUUACAUUCAUACAUUACGUAACGUUACAUAGGAGCCAAAAAACAUGCUGCCCAGGGGAAAUGUUUGCUAGUGCUAACGGCCUUCACUUUUCCAGAAGAUUGGAAACAACAGACAGACUUUUAUUAACUGACACACUGUGACCUACACUGUACAUUUACUUACUGCCAGAUGCUCACUCACUCACACAGUACACACAGCCCUAUUCCUUAAAAGACCCAACUUACGCUCUCUAACAGCACCUGUCACAUAGAUGUCCUUUGAAGAAUGAGAAGAGGAAGCUAACUAAGCAUUGAGUGUUAUCAUGCUCAUUAAUGAUUGUGUAAAAUUUUAGUAGUGGCGCUCAUUCAUUCAGCAGCGACACCUAACCCCCAAAAAACAAAAAACUGCUUCGGAUCUUCACGUGAAUUACAUAUUUUGAUUCAAAACAGAAACAUUCACAGAAAAGCCAGUUGGAUGUAUGUACAUUCUAUCCUGUAAUUUCUAAAACCAGACAAUCUUUCUUAGAGAAAAUGCCCAAAAAGUGUGUAUGCACCUAAAAUGUUGACAUAAAUAAGACAAAUAUUUGAUGCCGAAAGACAGAAAUUCAGCAAGUUUCUCAUUGGUCAUGUCACAAAAUAUUUAUUUGUAUACUUGAUAUAGCAUAAUAAAUAAUAUCUGUUUAUCAGACACUUUGUGAUAAUAUCAGUAGAAACAUUUCCUCAACAUUUUUUUGAAGGAAAGAAACGUGGACAACCCAGACUAAUAGUGCUAUGAAUACAUACUCUUUUUAUUAAAACAUCACAUUUCAAACGUAGUCAGAGAAUUCAUAUUUACAAAACAGCUGUUCUUCUCCCUCACAAAGAACCGAACACCUUGUAUUCAAAAAUCAGAAAUAUUCUCUCUUCCACACCGGCAGCUCCUGGAAAUACACGUCAUUUGGGUUUUCAUCGGCUAGAUGAGAGAAAGAGAAAAGUAACAUUAAAUUAUAGAAUUUAAGUCUGGACCGCUAUGUCCUGUAGAAAAAAACACCCCAUCUUCUGAUAUUGUAUGUCUUUUGUUGCCUAUGCCAUCAAUAAAAGUAUUCAAAAUA